CACUCCAACAAAUAUCAAAAUGGACGACCUAAUGGCGAAGAAAGCGGGUGGCACCAAUGACGAAAGAAGAACUAAAAUUAAAUUUAACAACACCAACGACGAAACAAGAACCACCAAAUUCGACGACACCAGCAAUGAAGAAGAACCACCAGAUUCGACGUUAUCAGCACGAAAGAACCAAAGAAGAACUUCCGAACUCGACGACACCAGCAACGAAGAAAGAAUCAAUGAAAAAGAAGCACCGAAUUUAAACUGA